AUGGCGCCCAGCCUCCCUGAUGAAAUCAAACUCGACAUACUCUCGAGGCUGCCGGUUAAAUCUUUAAUGCGAUUUCGGUGUGUGUGCAAACCAUGGCUUCAUGUAAUCUCCAAUCCUCAGUUCGUUGCGCAACACCAGAGAAACACAGUAGUCACAAGCACCAGCAAGAACAACUUCAAGCUCUUCGUUGCAAAAAUGUCAGACGACCAUCUCGAUCUCCUUUCCAUAGACUAUAAUGAUGAUGUUGUUUCAACCAGAGUGCUCAAUUAUCCGUCAGUAAUUAAACCAGAUAUGGUUAUCGAUAUUUUGGGUUCGUGCAACGGUUUGGUAUGUCUAGAAAUUGACUUUGGCGAAUUCCCUUACAACAUUAUCUUAUGGAACCCUUCCACCGGAGAUACCAAUGUGUUACCGGAACCUCCUUAUGUUGACCGUAAUAAGAUAUUUUACGGAUUAGGGUACGAUUCCUCCGCUGAAGAUUACAAGUUAAUAUUGGGCAGUCGUGACAGUACAACUUCAACUGAAGAACCUUUCCGAUCCAUGAUACAUGUCUUUACAGUUAAAUCGAAUUCAUGGAGGACUUGUCGAGGCCUGUAUUAUCUUGAGAAGAAUGAUCAACGGGGCUGCUUCUUAAAUGGAGCUCUUCACUGGAUCCAGCUUCAGAGAAGAAGUUCCAAGAUUGUCUCUUUUGAUUUAGCAGAAGAAAAUUUUAAGAGCACACUGUCAUUGCCCCAACGUGACGAUAGAGAUAUAUUCGUCGGAAUCGGGACCAGCCAAGACUGUCUCUUUGUGUAUACUUCAGCGCUCCAGGAUAAAACUUUUUCGAUAUGGAUUAUGAAGGAAUAUGGAGUCAAGGAAUCUUGGACAAGAGUCGCGAAAAUUUCAUCAACGAGAUUAGCUAGACAGAUUUUUGUUGACUUUUGUGAUCUUACUGUGAUGCCUGUAUGCAUUUUCGAGAGUGGUGAAGUUUUGCUGGAUCAUGAGGGAAGGAUCUUGGUGAUCUAUAAUCCCAGGCAAAAAACAUACAGAAUUAUUAUCGAGGCUGACGACGAAAACGACGUUGAAGCAGUUACUUAUCCAGAGACUUUGGAUUUACCUGGAGGUGGUGCAUACAUGUGA